GUAAAGUCCACCUUGCGUCAAAUGCUUAGUAUAUUCAUAUCUUAGAGACCCGUCUCCAUGGCCACUGGUUGACGCCGGGCUUAAGAUCAGCUCCACCUCCGGCGCUCAGCGGCUGUCUCUCGACUGCCUUGCAGAUUUAUCUGGCUCAGCAGCGGUUACCGCAGGACAUUUCGCUACAUAGAUAUGGAAGCACCGACAGUGAAAUAUGGAAAUUAACAUGUCCCGACAUGGUAUCGAGAGUACCGCAAGCGACAAACCACCUGGCGUCCAUACCAGCGAUUCUGCAUACAACGGUGCCUUUCGAUCUCCAGAUGACUCGGUGGUCGAGGAACGCCAAAACCGGCGCAUGACCGGGCUCUCGGACGCAGAACUCAGUCAUCAAGUCUCUAUGGCGAUUCAUCUUGAGCCCCCACCUGUGGUCGUCAGACCUCCCAAGAUCAAAAACGAUGGCUUCAGUCAUCAUGCAUUUUCCUGGCUCUCCUGGAGUCGAAACGAGCAAAAGGACAGAUCCCGUUGCGCAAGAUCCACACGCCAUUCGUACUCGUACGAAGAGACUUUUCGGUUUCUCGGCCUCACCAUAUCGAAAGCUAUCACAUAUAAGACGUCCGAGAACGGGAUCGAUACCGCCAGGGCAACUACUCGCUUGGGAUGGCGGGGCACUGAAACCACGUGGUUAGAUGACAAGGUACCGAAAGCACGCCAAAGACUUCAGAAAUACUCCAGGAGCGAACCACUCGACCCAUCCACUGGUGCUCCAAGCCAGGAGACCGGUGCUACUGUGACGGACAUAGAAAGACAAAAAUCUCCCAAGGACUCAGGGCGUCCACGGACGAUACCGAGCGGAGCGCACCCGUGGCUUCAUGACUACUAUUACGUUGUAGUAGGGUUCAUGGGCGAUGAAAGUGUGCCCAAGGAAACACUGCGUCGUGUUGUGCAUACGGAGGGAUUGUUCCAGGAAAUCCGAAAAGCGCACAGGCACUUGCGCAAUCCAUUUCGUAGGGCGUUGUCACUCAAAGAAGUCUCUGGCUUCGGCAUCUACGAAUGCGACUCGAGCAAAGGCUAUCACAGAGAGGUGGAUCUGGAUAAAGAAACACACAGAGCGCUCGCGGAGCUCUGGCGAAAUUUCAGCGGCAACAAGCUCGAUUACGAGGGCCGUUGGCUGAUGUGGAUCCAUCAACAUUUCAACAAUGGAUCCAAGAACCCGGAAAUGGGCAGGUUGACCCUGGAGUUCAAACUUCGUUGGUCGGUCUACAAGGUCGUCUUCUGGGGAGUGGUGCCCAUCUUGCUAAGCUUGGCUGUUGGCUUCUGGUACAUGUUUUCAGAUCAUGGAGAAGUCGACGGUGUUGCAGUUGCAGAGGCCGCCUGGGUCAUUGCUACUUACAUUAUCACCACAUCAGCGUGUGAGUACACUCCUUUCCAAUGGACGCGCGGGGCAAUAUUUGACUCCGCAUACAUAGUACUCCUCGCCCUUCUCGCUGUUAUCACGCAGCUGGGCAAUAUCUGAGCUUGCAGUGGGAACUACAUGGACUUUGGGUCCACACGUUCGUUUUCUGAUGGCAGGAAUCAUGAAUGAGGCGGGUUUCUUUGGACACCUGCAACAGACGUACACGUCUUGGAGGCUGCGACGAUACCGAAGGCGCCUGACUGGUUGUAGGAUAUCUUAACCAGGAAGCAAUCCAGAGUCAAAUCUUUCUCUCGCCUAGACUUGGUGAUCCCAGGCGAACCAAUCGCCCUUCCGAUUGUCAUAGGCUAUCGGACAGCAGUCGUAAGGCUUCGGGCUUUCAAUGCCUCAACCUACUUGAGCACUGCGGCUAAGGACCGAGGAGUUUUAGCACAAAUCUAUCACGGAGGGAACGUCAGGACAGCGGACGUUUUUAGUAAGGUUG